AUGAAUAGAGCAAGAUUCUUUUUACUGUUUUUACUAAUUGUAUUACUGCACAAAAUUACGGAUACAAAAUGCUCAGGGAAGGGUGAACCUUCAUCUCAAGACCCGAGACUGACUCAAACGAAAGUAGAAAGUACUGAAAAUAAUAUGCCUAGUAUUUUUAGUUUAUUUUCCGCAAAACCAAAAGACGUACAAAAAAAUGUUAACUUUUUUUUGGAGGAGAACAGAAAUUUAUGGCUACGUCGCACACUGAACAAUGAAAAGAGCAGAAACAUGAGGAGGACUUUCGCUGACUUUCAAGAAUUAAGACAAAACGAUAUAUUACGGUUUAACGAAUUAAUGGUCAUACAAAAUGAGCAAAUAAAUAUGCUAAAAAAUGUUAUAUUGUCUAUUAAGGAAAUUAAAGAAUGA